AUGCUAACACAAAGAUGCUGGUCCUCAGGCGGCGGGUUUGCCAUGGGAUCGAGCUACUUUUACUUUGAGUUCCUUCUCGCCUGGCAUAGCCUGCUGGUUGAUGCCGGAUAUGAAAACCCUGCCAUCUUUGCCUUGGACUACAGUCUCGUUCCGGAUGAGGUCUAUCCAACCCAGAUUCUCCAGACGCUCCAGGGUUACAAGCACGUCUUGGAUGUGGCCAAGGACGCCUCCAAGGUGUGCGUCGCUGGAGACUCCGCUGGUGGCACGUUGAUCCUCAGCAUGCUGCUCGAGGUUGGGAUUCAAGUACAGAGCCAGCAGGCCAUGGGGGUCAAGCUGGGGAAGAAGAGAGGGGUGCCGGGAGACUUCCGACCAGAUUUUGCCAUACCGCGAAUGGCCAUGCUCAUCUCACCUUGGAUAACCCUGGCCUCCAGCCUCCACUUUCUCUCUCCCGUCGACUACCUGAAUCGAAACACUCUCUGGAAAUACGGACACCAGUACGCUGGAGACACAAUGAUCCACGGCGGCAUGGCGUCGCCCGGACGGUGUGACGAUGUCAAGCUAUGGAAAGCAGCCAGCCCCGAGCGCGGCUACUUCAUCACGUACGGUGGAGACGAGGUCCUGGCACCGGAUAUCGAGAACUUUGUGAGCCGUCUGGGCGCCGGCAAGGUCGAAAUCGAAGCUCGAAGGUUUGACGGAGGAAUUCAUGCAUGGCCCGUGGCGUCGCUGUUCCUGUCCAGCACGAGGAGGAAGCGGCUGUACGGGCUGCGGACUAUUGUAGGAGAGAUUAGAAAACGAUUCGACAAAGCACCGGCAGGUAAAGCAAGGCAGAACGGAAGGCUGUCAGAUUAG